GUCAUCGCACCUCUGGGCAUCCGCAUCGCUCGAGUGGAGGAUCACGACAACCUCGCAGCAGUCUUCGACGCCCAAAGCGAGGUCGUGACCGCGGUUUACGGCGAUUUCUUUAUUGCGGAGCUCGUUGAGGCGCAGAACGACGAGAACCGCGCACUGGUGGCCGAGGUGGACGGUCGAGCUGUGGGACUGAUGUGCCUCACCUCCGACGUGGACAUCAACGUCCUUGCCCAGUGCUUCCAGCUAGAUCCCUAUGACAACCUUCUCAAAGCACCGUACAUGAAGCGCGUGCGUGAACAUGCCCGGGCCGUGUUGGAGCAUGGCGAGCAGGCGUCCCUGUGCUCCCAGGGCGACUUCCUUCAGGUAGACGGUAGUGAUGUCUCGCAUGAUGACAGCACUUCCCUUGCUUGGACUUGA